AAUGGACAGUAUGGAUAGCCACAGCAGAAGAUUCCAAACCUCGCAAGGAAUCUCCAGUUCAUUUAGUUGUAUACGGUAAAAAUGGUAAAACUGACUCCAUAUUAUUGGGAGAUGGUAAACCAGAUUACUUUGAAGCCAACACAACUAAUGAAGUUGAUAUUAAUGUAGGAAGUAUAGGACAGAUUUACAAGAUACGUAUUGGACAUGAAAACAAUGACAACUGGGAAGGAUGGCAUCUAAAAGAGGUAAAAAUGAGAGACAGGAAAUCCAAAGAAGAAUUACUGUUUACUUUUGAUAGAUGGAUGUCAAGAACUGAUGAUGAUUUAGAUAUCGUCAGGGAAAUGCCUGUUAUUAGAAGUGGACAGAACACAUUACCAGUGAUGAAGUACCAAGUACAAGUUUACACUGGUACAGUAGAAAACGCUGACACAGAAGCCACAUGUUACAUCUGCAUCUAUGGUGAGCGGGGAGACACUGGAAACAGAGUCCUCUACAAAUCACUCAACAAUGAGAUAAAGUUUCAGAAAGGACAGAAAGAUAUUUUUGAAAUUGAAGCAGUUCAUCUUGGUGAUUUAGAGAAGGUGGUGGUUGGACACAAUGGCAAGAAAUCAGGGCAAGGAUGGUACAUAGAUAAAGUGAUUGUGAGGGAGUCAUCUGACUCUGAACGUGGUGAUUAUUUCCCAUGUAAUAGAUGGUUAGAUGUCAGUAAAGAUGACAGGAAAGUAGAAAGGGAAUUGAAACCUGGAUCUGCAGAUGGUGAGUGGACAUUAUGGAUUACAACAGCUGAAGAUUCCAGACCUUGCAAUAACUCAGCAGUACACCUUGUUGUAUAUGGUGAAAAAGACAAAACAGACCCUAUUAUAUUGGGAGAUGGUAAACCAGAUUACUUUGAAGCAGGCACAACUGAUGAGGAAGAUAUUAAAGUCAAGGAUAUUGGUAAAAUCUUCAAGAUUCGCAUAGGAUAUGACCAUGGGGCUGACUGGGAUGGAUGGCAUCUAGAAAAAGUUAAAAUGAGAGAAAGAAAGACUGGGGAGAUUUUAGAAUAUCAGUUUGACAGAUGGAUGUCCAGAACAGAGGAUGAUCUGGAAAUUGUCAGGGAAUUCCCUGCUAUCAGGGAAGGAGAAGACAUUUUGCCGGUUCUCAAGUACCACAUUGAAGUCAACACUGGUACAGAAGAAAAUGCUGACACAGAAGCCACAUGUUACAUGUGUAUCUAUGGUGAAAGGGGAGACACUGGAAACAGAGUCCUCUACAAAUCACUCAACAAUGAGAUAAAGUUUCAGAAAGGACAAAAAGAUAUUUUUGAAAUUGAAGCAGUUCAUCUUGGUGAGUUGAAGAAGGUUGUCGUUGGUCAUCAUGGGAAGGAGCCUGGCCAAGGAUGGUUUUUAAGUGAUGUGGUUAUCAAGGAAGCACAAGAUGCUGAAGAGGAAGUCUUCUUCCCAAACAACAGAUGGUUGGAUGUUGGGCAAGAUGAUAAUACUAUUGAAAGGGAGCUAUUGCCAGGACAAAGAGAGGGAGAAUGGGACAUAACUAUAGUGACUGCGGAAGACUCUAUUCCAGCCAUGGAGGCUGUAGUGUAUCUUGUUGUGUAUGGUGAUCAAGGCAAAUCAGAUAAUAUUCCACUGGGAGAUAAUGAUACAGUGUAUUUUGAGCCUGGUAGAAUAGAUAUUUUUGAGAGAGUGAAGCUGAAUGUUGGUAAGAUUUACAAAAUCCGUAUCGGGCACAAUGACAUUGACAAGUGGGAUGGAUGGCAUUUACAAGAGGUGAGAAUGAAAGAAAGGAGUACAGAGGAAGAGUUGAUAUUUAGAUUUGAUAGAUGGAUGGCAAGGAACCAAGAUGAUUUGGAUGUACUCAGAGAAAUGCCAGCAAUAAGGCAAGAUGAAGAAGUUCUGCCAAUAUUCAGAUACUUUAUUACUGUGUUCACUGGUGAAAUAGAAAAUGCUGCUUGUGAAGCUACCAUCUACAUGUGUAUCUAUGGAGAGAGGGGAGAUACCGGCAACAGAGUUCUGUUUAAAUCACUGAACAAUGAAAACCAGUUUCAGGAGGGACAGGUCGAUAUGUUUGAAAUUGAAGCUGUCUCCUUGGGGGAACUACAGAAAGUUGUUGUAGGUCAUGACAACAAAGAAGCUGGACAGGGAUGGUUCUGUGAAAAAGUUAUUGUUAAAGAAGCACAAGAUUCAGAUGCUGAAUUCCAUUUCCCAUGCUCUAG